AUGCCAGACACAGAGCAAUACAUGAAACCCGCAACGCGGCUCCGCAAGCUCCUCUCCCAACCAGGUGUCUGCAUCCAAGCCCCAGGAGUAUACGAUGGUCUUUGCGCACGUUUAGCCAUCGAGCAAGGAUUCAAGGUGAUGUACCAAGGCGGGUCCAUGACAACAGCCGCACGCCUCGGCCGCGCCGACCUAGCAUUCGCAUCGCUUAACGACUUUGCGCAGAACGCACAGAUGAUUGCGAAUAUCGACCCCCGGAUCCCGCUUAUCGCUGAUGCGGACGUUGGGUUCGGGGCGCCGCCGAAUAUCGCGCGCAUGGUGCAGACGUAUGACUCUUGUGGGGUGGCCGGGUUCCAUAUUGAGGAUCAGGUUGCGAAUAAGCGGUGUGGGCAUUUGGAAGGGAAGGAGGUUGUUGAUAUAGAGACGUGGAGGACGAGAAUCCUCGCGUGUGUUAUUGGAAGGGACUCUAUCUACGGGGGCAGUGAUAUUGUGAUUAUUGCCAGGACGGAUUCUCUAUCGGUUGAGGGAUAUGAUGCCGCGAUUCAAAGACUCCUCGCAGCCCGCGAAUGCGGUGCAGAUAUGGGUUUCCUGGAAGCAAUCGAGACGGAAGAACAGAUUAAAAAUGCUGUCAAAGCCCUCUCUCCAAUGCCGCUCAUGGUGAACUUGGUCUCUAAUGGCAAGACUCCCUGGUUUUCACCCUCUCAGCUCGGUGAAUGGGGCGUCAAGCUCGCAAUAUACCCCGGCGCCGCAGGAAAGUCCGUGCUGCACACCAUCCGCCGCGCGUACAAGUAUCUCAUGGAGACUGGCAAAGACGAUGCAGAGGCACAGGGCCUUGAUCCGAAAGGAUUCUUCGAUGUUAUGGGAUUGCAGCGAGAUAUUGAAAUCGAUCGUCUUGCGGGGGGUGCGUCGUUUGCUAAUGGGGCGUGA